UACACUCAUUCUCCUCAUCUGCAAAGCAGGGAUAAAAUUAGGACCUGCAUCAUGAAGCUAUUGUGAGAAUCCAGUGAGGAAAUUCAUGUGUAAUGCCUGCCUGUUUAACUUUCCUACAGCACCUUCGGCACCUGGAACAGUGCCUGGGGUAUAGUGGAUAUUCAGUAGCUACCUACUGAAUGAAUAACUACAUCCACCAAGAAAGGAAGCUGUCAAACUAAAUAUAAGUGUGUAUUUCUGAGCUUUUCACUAACUUCCAUCUCCUUGAUCAUUGAUCAUCACUCACCAGCAAACGACAGCAGGCACAAAGGAUCUAAGAGAAGUGUCUGCAGGGAUGGUCUCCUGGUUUUAAUUGGAUCUGCCAUUAAUACCCUGUCUUCUGUGAACUGGACAAGCUCAGCAGGAGCAAGGCCAGGUGAGUCCUUGGGCUCCUCUCUUUCCUCUGCCCUCCUCUCUUGUUUCCACCUUGCUGUCCCUUUCCUGGGCACAGGCAUCCUUAGAGCGGUGCUGGUUCCGCCUGGGCCUUCCAUGCCCAGUGAGACCAUUCAUGCACCUCCACCCCCCUGGGAACGCUAGGGCUCCCCCACUGCCAGCUUCCCACAGGCACUAGCUCUGCCCCCAGACUCUUCCUCCUGCUGCCCUGGUCCCAGGCUGCCAUCACACAACUCCAGGGGACGCCAUUCAUACCGUCAUGGAUAUGAAUGUCCCAGGGUUGUGCAUGGUCUGGCUGACACAAAUGCAGGGCCCCUUGGGCAGAGCUGACUGGAGUCUGAUUGCAGGUUGGGGCCACCCCUUCCACCCCCAAGAUGUGCAGGUAAGUGACCAACCCCCAGAUGCGUAGGAGCCCCUGCAAGUCGAGUCUCCCCUGAGGACUCUGGACACCUCCUGCCCAUUAUAGUCCGGUGCUGCUAAGUCACUGGGGCCUAGCUCUUCCACCUGUCUUGGUCAGAAUUAGGGAUGCAUGGGGUAGGGGAUUGGCAUAGGUGGAACAGGCUGUGAGACCCCCUUAUCUCCAAAACGCCUCACUGGUCUUGCUGCAGUGUUGGAAAGGCCCAUCAUGAAUGGUUCCUUUGAGGCCACUGUAAGAGUGCAGAUGGGUUAUGAUAUUUUGGAGAGAGAGUAAGUCAUUGUGCUAGAGAGGGACUGGGCCACGAGGAGAUGAGGACAGUCUCACCAGUCUCCCAUCCAGACUCCCCAGCUUGGAGAAAAGAUGACCCCUGCCCAUCUCCUCUGUCUGCCCCAGGGACCUGGAGACGCAGGCAUCCCCUCCCAGAAGCCCAGGAGGAGGAGGAAGAAGAGGAGGAUAAAUAUGAGCUGCCCCCCUGUGAGGCUCUGCUCCGCCACCUAGCCCCCGCCCACCUUCCUGGCACUGAGGAGGACUCUUUGUACUUGGAUCACUCUGGCCCCCUGGGCCCUCCCAUGUCACCACCACCACCGCCACCACCGCCACCGCAGCCCCAGCCCGAGGUGAUGAACAGCCUCCCCACCUGCCCCACCCCAGGCUACCAUUUCCCACCCAAGGCAGCGUGGAGCCCGCCGGAGGCCACAAAGCAGAGCUGGCCCUUUGGGAGGCGAGAGCUGGGUGCACCAGACCGGGCGGUGCCGGGCCCAGCGAAGAAGCCCGAGGAGGACAUAUACCUAGAUUGUGAGCCCGGUCCAGCCCCGGCCUUGCCUCAGACUCUGAGCUCCCCAGUCCUGAGGCCCCCAGUCCCUCUACCAAGGACAUCAGUGGGGCCCAGGCCCACCACGGCCCCCCAGGAAGCUCGGAAUGGAGCGUCGAAUGCCACCUCUAAAGGAAGGAGAGCCUCUCUUUGCUCUGUAGCUGCCACCCAGAAUGCCCCAGCUGCCGAGGACGGGGCCUACACUGUGCGCCCCAGCUCAGGCCCUCGUGGUGGUUCUCAGCCCUUCACCCUGGCAGUACUUCUCCACGGCCGGGUCUUCAACAUUCCCAUCCGCCGGCUGGAUGGCGGGCGCCACUACGCCCUGGGCCGGGAAGGCAGGAACCACGAGGAGCUCUUCUCCUCCGUGGCCGCCAUGGUCCAGCACUACCUGCAGCACCCCCUACCGCUCGUGGACGGACACAGCGGCAGCCGGCAGCUCACCUGCCUGCUCUUCCCCACCAAGCCCUGACGCCACAGCGCACGUGCACCCCGGCCUCCGGUUCCAUAGUUUGCUCCUUGGGCUGCCUCCCUCUCCUCUCCCA